UGCAACCCGGAACAAGAAACUGAAACAGCACCAGGAAGCAACCAUUGGGAAUUUAUUGUUUGUCAGUUGACAAACAUGUAAGGCAAUAACAAAAUAUAAAAUUUCAUGAAAAAUAUGAUAUAACAUGAAUUUAUCCUUAAUUCAAAUGGUAGACUAUUAAUAUGCAUUCUCUGUCCUGAUUUAGGUACAAGAAUAAAUGUACGCCCUCACAGACAGAAGAUGUACCCCAACUCUUCAAUUCUGGGGCGUCCACCCUUCCCCCCUAGACGUGGCCAAGCUAACGGCUUCGUCGCCCAGCUCCCUUUCCCCGUUUUGUUUUCUCCACAUCAAGUCAUCGAAUCACAGUUCAACAUGAGGAAUACUAAUUUCGACGGCCUGCCGCUGAACAACGUCGCCCGUCUCCCGGCAAUAUCCCCUCUUGACUGGAAGCCAGGACUUCACUCCCCUCCACAUGUCCCCAGUGUUUCAGCGGUAACACUGGGCAGAAAGAGGAGGAGUGAUGAGCACAGCCCGUACGACUUGAAGAGGCAGCGCUUCAGCUCGCCAGGGCGCCACCUGGGCACGCCCGAGGCGGCGGCGGCGGCGGCGUCCCCCCUGGCAGCGCAGACGGCGAGGUCACGCCUGCGGGGCGAGGGCUGCAGCCCCGCCUCCUCGCCUCGCACUCCGAAACCUGCGGGCUGCGUGCCGCCACUCAACGGGCAACCCCAGCACAGUGCACCUGCUGCCCCGCUGCCUCCUGCCAAGGAUAAGCUCAGUCAGCAGAUCCUGGAGCUGUUUCAGGCCUGCCAGCAGCGGGGCGAUGACCUGCAGAAGAAGGAGGUGUGCAGGGCACAGCUCCAAAGGGAAAUCCAGCGCCUUUUCCCCAAUUCACGGGUGUACUUGGCAGGCUCCUCCCUGAAUGGCUUUGGGAGCCGGUGCAGUGAUGCAGACUUGUGCCUAGUCGUCCAAGACGGACCACUGAACCAGAGAACUGAUGCUGUGUAUAUUCUCAGUCUUGUACAGAAGCUGUUUUACAGGCUAUCUUACAUUGAGAGAUCUCAGCUAAUCCGUGCAAAAGUGCCGAUACUGAAAUUCAGGGAUAAAAUCAGUGGAGUGGAGUUUGACUUGAAUGUAAACAACAUUGUGGGAAUACGGAACACAUUCCUCCUCCGAAGCUAUGCAUACAUCGAAAGCAGAGUUCGACCCAUCAUCCUUGUGAUAAAGAAAUGGGCCAGUCACCAUGGGAUCAACGAUGCAAGCCGUGGAACCUUGAGCAGUUACUCAUUGGUGCUGAUGGUCUUGCACUACCUUCAGACCUUGCCUGAGCCUGUCAUUCCCUGUUUGCAAAAGGAAUAUCCUGAAUGCUUCAACCCCUCUAUGGAUAUCCAUCUUGUACCAGAAGGACCAAAAGAUAUUCCCUGCUUUACCUCCAGAAACCAGUCCACACUUGGAGAGUUGUUGCUUGGCUUCCUGAAGUACUAUGGCUCUGUUUUCAAUUGGGACAGAUCAGUGAUUUCAGUUCGAGAAGCUGAAGCUUUCCCCAAACCCAAUUGCAGGGAAUGGAGGGACAAGUUCAUUUGUGUUGAAGAGCCCUUUGACAGAACAAACACAGCGAGAGCAGUCCAUGAAAGGUUCAAGUUUGAUACCAUAAAGGAGGAAUUCAGAAAGUCUUGGCAAAUGCUUCAACUGAAGAAGGACUUGAACUUCAUCCUGCCAGUGAGGACAACCAUACAGAAGAGAUAAUGGUACCACAACCUCUGUGGGGUGUGGAAAGACCUGCCUGUGGUCUAGAAAGAGGUGCACCUAUCAGGAAUUUUGGGGGGCAUUAGAAUAUAGUUUUCCUCAUUUUGUGUCAAUGAAUUACAGUACUGUAGCAUUUGUGUGCUCAGUACAUGAAGGCCAUAUUUGGACAAAAAAAUAUUCAUAUUUAUUGCACUGUUCUUUCAGUUGAGCUUUCCUCCUUUCAAUUUACUAAUUAAUGUAAAUAUAAAAUAAUUUUGCUACUUCACCUCAGCUUGUACUUUUACACCUCUGUCUUGCCCUGAUCUUUGGAGAGCUGUAAGACUGUUUAAAGUAUGACCCUGAGGAUUUUUUAAAAGAUAUCUUUUUUUACUGUCUACUGUGUGGGAUUUCCGUGUUCACUUCAAUGAAAUGCUUGAACGCUCAUUAUGAGACCACACCUUUUCAUGCAAAAAAGAAAAAGGAAAAAAAAAAAAACUGAAAUUGUGUUGACUAGUUUGCAGAGGCAAUUCAGUGGCUCCCAUUUUUUGAUGGGCAUCUUUUAAUGAUAGUGGGAAAAUUAUGAAAUGAAAAAGUGUCCAUGUGUUGUACAAUAUUUGUGACAAAUUGUUCCUGAAUUACAAGUAGGCAGACAGACUUGAGUGCAGCAUUGAAUUUUGUAUUUUUUAUUUAUGCAAUGUUUUAGCCCCCUCAAGGAGGUGCAUUUUGACAUCUGGUAUCAAUAAGCAUUCACUGAAGGUGGUUUUGUUACUCCAUCUUAAGAGUGCUGUAUGUAACUCACUUCACUUCUUCAGUGGAGCCCUGUGGUGAUAGAGUUCCUCUGUCACCUAGUCACACAUGCUUUUCUUUUGUUUUGCAUCUAACAAUUUUCUUCGCUUCAGGUCUGUGCUACCCAUGUUGUAGGCUUCAAAGGCCCAAAUCUUAUUUUUUUCCCCCCCAAGUCCUUUGCAGUAGUUACCAAUGCAAAACCUAUUGCAUGUAAUUACACUUCUGGUUACUUGUGGCAAACCAGGGUUUGACCUUCAGUUUAAUGGGUCUACAUUUGUGGUUCAGAAUGCUGCAGUCAUAGUGUAUCUGGGCUGCUUGUGCUCCUUGUGUAUUUUUUUUAUUUUUAUGUCAAUAUGUGGUAUGCGGCAAUUUCUGUGUUUGUCUCUUUUUGUAUGUGUCUCCGAAACUUUGAAGUGUUACUUUAAGCAAUUAAACUUGUGCAAAAUAAGUGCCAUUUUUUUCUUUUCACCUGUAUUUGUUGACAUGUCAGUAGAAAUUGAAAUAAACAUCUUGUUAAGUUUCUGUUUUGAUUUAUAGGUACCUAGGUUUCGGUCUCCAUAUUUGGAAUAAUUACACACCAUAUUCAGAUUUUAGUAUAUUCUGAUACCUUUUACUAUUUAUAUUUGUGUGUUGGUGUCAAGAUUAGGCACUUAUUGUGUUAUCAAUAUUGUGUAAGAUCUACACUAUAAGGAACAGUUUGGAAUUUGUUUAAUGUGAGAUACCAAAGUUUAGUCAAUACAUUUUUUGGUGGUUAACUAUUCACACAUUGAUUAAUUUUAAGGCAGAACAUUUUCAACUUUUGUUUUGUGAUUUAUUUAAUAAAUAUUUUUGCAAUCUG